UUGAUCAAAUCGCGACAAGAUCGGCGCGUCACACGCCGGGAUAUCCUCUCUGACGCGAAUGGAUGACGUAAUCCGAGCGCCGCCUAACCUACCAAUGGCGAUUCCGUAAAGGGUCGUGACCGUUGACCCCCUGGACUUGCGGCGGCGGCAUGGCGGAGAGCGUGCUGAAUGCGAUGGCAGAAAGCCCGCCCCCGCCCCCGCCCCCGCCGCCCCCCUCGCGGGCCGCUGCGUUCCUCCGGGCGACGCCACAGCAGGCGGCCGGCAUCGGGGACCGCGACGGCGUGAGGGAGCUUCUGCGGCGGCAGAAGGCCCGGUUCAGCCAGUGUCUAACGUGGCUGCUGUUCCUCCAGCCGGUCCCGUCCCUCAUCCAGGAGGGCCCGCAGUGUGGUUUGGUGGCCCUUUGGAUGGCCAGUGCUCACCUCCACCUGCCUUCUGAGGUUCCCCUGGAGAGAAUUCGGCAGGUGGCUUUGGAGAGAGGCUACACGGUGCAGGGAGAAAUGUUCUCAGCCGCUGACAUGGCCAGGCUGGCCGAGGAGGUCUUCCCCUGUAAAGCAGAGCUACUCUCUGGUGGCCUGCAAGGACGGAACCACGACAGAAUUCUUCAGCAUCUUGGUGCUGGUUUCCCUGUGCUGAUACCCUAUGAUGAGGAUUACAACCACGAGCCCUGCCUCCGGAAUGGCUACAAGGCUCAUUGGGCUGUUGCUUCAGGAGCGUUGCUUGGUCUGAAGAAUGAUUUCCAACUGCCUGCCUGCCAAGAGGACAAGGACAUGCCGGGACUCUUCCAUGCCAACCACGCUACUUCAGCUGUCCCUUUAGAGGCUGUCACUGAGACCUACUUGCUGUCAAAGCAUGGCAAGAGUUACCACUAUCAGCUGUGGAGCUAUGCUCAGAUACAGGAGAGCAACGCCCAGCUGACGGGCUUCAGUCCCAGGCGGGCGGCUGACGGAAAGGUGUACAUUGUGCCCGCAGGGGGGGUGCGAGAGGGACUGUGUGGACAAGCGGUGCUGCUGCAGCCAAGGUCCGGAGGGCACUCUAGUAGCAACAAGCCUGUGCUGGAAGGAGGCUGCUCUCCCCCCUCUCCCCCCCCCCCCCCCGGUGCCUGCAGAGCUCCAGGAGAAGGUUGGGAAGACACAAGCUUAUCCCUGAAGGCCCCUCUUAAAGCCCACUUACAUCAACCAACCUGAUAUUAGGCCUUUGUGUUUCAGUAGAAGGAAGAAUGGAGGAAAUAAGGCUUUCAGGUAGCUUAAAUUUCCUCAGCAGAGUGCUUUUUGCCUUUAGAAAUUAGAACAGCUUACUGUUCUGAUUAUAAACAAGACCAACUUCGAAAUUGUAAGUAGGAGGGAAUAGAAAUGCCCGUGUGAAAGUGAAGCUACUACAUACCUUUUCACCCUGUGCUACUGGUGUUAAUAAAGGAGCACAACUCUCCUUGAUA